AUGUACCUACCUGUGCAAGUACCUAUCGACUGUGCCCCAGUUCGCCAUCGCGAGGUGCAUUUUGGACAGAUAACCACCUUGCCGUUUCGACAUCCUUCGGGUUUUUUUUCUUUUGCCUCUCCGCCCCCCCCCGUCGUAUUCUCCGCCGCCAGCAACGCGAAAGAGAAGAGAGCGAAAGAGAGAGAGACCCCACACCAGCAGCCCUCCUCCUUCUGCCACGGGUCACUUGGACUCUCUGCGAAUUCCAUCUCUUUUGGGUUUGCUUUUCUCCAUCAGCAUCGAAGAAAACAACAAACCAUCGAUGCAAAAGGGGACCUAGAUCAAACGAUAACUCAUCCACCCAUUCUAUCGCCUCCGCCGUGUCCAGUCGCUCGAGCGGUCGUUCCCUCCGCGCGCGCGCGCCCACCACGAUCGUCCAUCAUGGCGCCGCUCGUGGAUAACCCCCAGAUCAGGGUGGCCGAGCUCUGGAAGCCUCUUCCGACCUACUUCCACGCCUACGUCUGGCCUUUUGCCAUCCUCUGGCCCAUCUUCCUGCGCUACUACCUCACUCCCGAACUCUACGAGAAGCACAUCGCCUCCGAGGAAUGGACUUUUGUUUGGAUUGGUUCCAUCGUCACCCUCCAGUCCCUCGUGUGGCUGAGCACUCACUGGAGUGUCAACCUCCAGGCCCUCUUUACUGCCACCCGCGCCAAGUCAAUUGACGAGGCCGAGCUGGUCAAGGUCAUUCCUGUUGCCAACGCCGGCUCUGCCGACAUCUGCAACAUUGUUCGCGACAAGGUCGGCGGCAAAAUAAACACCUCGUUUCUGUUCCAGAAGCGACGUUUCAUCUACUACCCCGAGGACAAGUCCUUCCGAACCCUAGCCUACGAUAUCGAUGCCGAGCCCAAGCCCAAGAUCGGCCGCUACCAGCAGUCCAGGGGCAUCACGACCCAGGACGAGCUGACGAGAAUCGAGGAGCAUUACGGCCCCAAUGCCUUCGACAUCCCCGUGCCUACCUUCACCGAGCUCUUCAAGGAGCACGCCGUCGCCCCCUUCUUCGUCUUCCAGAUCUUCUGCGUCGGCCUUUGGAUGCUUGAUGAGUACUGGUACUACUCGCUCUUCACUCUCUUCAUGCUAGUCGCCUUUGAGAGCACCGUCGUCUGGCAACGCCAGCGCACCCUCAACGAGUUCCGCGGCAUGAGCAUCAAGCCCUACGACGUCUACGUCUACCGUCUUGGCAAGUGGACCGAGAUCAUGAGCGACAAGCUCCUGCCCGGCGAUCUCGUCUCUGUCGGGCGCACCAAGGAGGACAGCGGCGUCGCCUGCGACAUGUUGCUCGUUGAAGGAACUGCUAUUGUCAACGAGGCCAUGCUUUCUGGAGAGAGCACGCCUCUCCUGAAGGACUCCGUCCAGCUCCGCCCGGCCGACGCCCAUCUCGAGCCCGAGGGUCUCGACAAGAAUGCCUUCCUCUGGGGUGGUACCAAGGUCUUACAGAUCACUCACGGCAACCCGGACGAGGAGAAGCCUAAGCUGGCCUCCGGUGUGCCGCCUCCCCCCGACAACGGCGCCAUGGCCAUUGUUCAGAAAACCGGUUUCGAGACGUCUCAGGGCAGCCUGGUCCGCACCAUGAUCUACUCCACCGAGCGCGUGUCCGCCAACAACGUCGAGGCCCUGCUUUUCAUCCUGUUCCUCCUCAUUUUCGCGAUCGCCGCCUCGUGGUACGUCUGGGACGAGGGCGUCAAGAAGGACCGCAAGCGCUCCAAGCUUCUUCUGGACUGUGUCUUGAUCGUCACCAGUGUCGUGCCCCCCGAGCUGCCCAUGGAGCUCAGUCUAGCCGUCAACACCAGUCUGGCAGCCCUGGCCAAGUACGCCAUCUUCUGCACCGAGCCGUUCCGCAUUCCCUUUGCUGGUCGCAUCGACAUCGCCUGCUUUGACAAGACGGGUACUCUCACUGGCGAGGACUUGGUUGUUGAGGGCAUUGCUGGCCUUGGACUAGGUCAAACCGCCGGCGCAGAUACCCCCCGUGAGACUGACGGCGCCCACUCCCAAAUGACGCCGGUCGACCAGAUCCGUCUGGACACUACCCUGGUCCUCGCUACUGCACACGCGCUUGUCAAGCUCGAUGAGGGCGAAGUCGUUGGUGACCCCAUGGAGAAGGCUACUCUCACAUCUCUUGGCUGGACUUUGGGAAGAAACGAUACCCUUGCCAGCAAGCCUGCCACGGCUGCUGCCACUGGCGUCAGUGGAACUGUUCAGAUCAAGCGCCGCUUCCAGUUCUCCUCCGCUCUCAAGAGGCAGAGUGCCGUUGCGACUGUCAACGGCGCGGACAAGCUCGGCAACCGGAUUCGCGGUACCUUUGUCGGUGUCAAGGGUGCCCCGGAGACCAUCAUGAAGAGACUGUCUACCGUGCCGGCCGACUACGAAGAGACCUACAAGUACUUCACCCGCCGUGGCUCACGUGUCCUCGCCCUCGCCUACAAGCAGCUCACUGUGGAUAACGAGCUCGGAGGCAGCAAGAUCAACGACCUGAAGCGAGAGAACGUGGAGGCUGGGCUUACCUUUGCCGGUUUCCUCGUCCUUUCAUGCCCUUUGAAGGACGAUGCUAAGGAGGCUGUGCAGAUGCUCAAUGAGAGCAGCCACCGCGUCGUCAUGAUUACCGGAGACAACCCUCUCACCGCUGUCUAUGUCGCGAGAGAUGUUGAGAUUGUGGACCGUGACGUCUUGAUUCUCGAUGCCCCUGAAGACAACGAGGGUGGCGACAAGCUCGUAUGGCGCAGUGUCGACGAGAAGAUCAUCAUCCCGGUUGAUGCCACCAAGCCCCUGGACCCCAAGAUUAUCGAGAGCAACGACCUCUGCGUGACGGGCUACGCCCUGGCCAAGUUCAGGGACCAGGUCGGCUGGCAACAAAUUCUCCGUCACACCUGGGUUUACGCGCGCGUCUCGCCAAAGCAGAAGGAAGAUAUCCUCGUUGGUCUCCGAGACAUGGGAUACUACACUCUGAUGGCUGGUGACGGAACCAAUGAUGUCGGCGCUCUCAAGCAGGCCCACAUUGGUAUCGCUCUUCUUAACGGCACUCAGGACGAUCUCACUCGCAUUGCCGAGCACUCCCGCAACACCAAGAUGAAGGAGAUCUACCAGAAGCAGGUCGACCUCAUGAAGCGAUUCAACCAGCCUGCACCCCCCGUCCCUGUCAUGAUCGCCCACCUGUACCCUCCUGGCACUAGCAACCCGCACUUCAACAAGGCUGUUGAGCGAGAGGCGCUGAGGAAGAAAAUCACCCCCGAGGAGUGGCUUAAGGCCAACGGCGUCAGCGCCAUCGAAACCGUCACGUCUCCUGGUGCCCAGCAACUCCUCAACAACAACGACCCGAAGGCUGCUCGUCAGGCCAAGGCUGCUGCGAACGCGGCCAGCUUCGCCGACAAGAUGACGUCUAGCAUGAUGGAGAACGAGUUGGGCGACGACGAGCCUCCCACUCUGAAACUUGGCGAUGCUUCCGUUGCCGCUCCCUUCACGAGCAAGCUGCGCAACGUCAUUGCCGUCCCGAACAUCAUUCGCCAGGGCCGUUGCACGCUUGUUGCAACCAUCCAGACUUACAAGAUCCUCGCUCUCAACUGUCUCAUCAGUGCCUACAGUUUGAGUGUCUUGUACCUCGAGGGCAUUAAGUUUGGCGAUGGCCAGUACACCAUCAGCGGUAUCCUGAUGAGCGUCUGCUUCCUUUCCAUCUCGCGUGCCCGCGUGGUCGAGGGCCUGUCCAAGGAACGACCCCAGCCCAACAUUUUCAAUUUUUACAUUAUUGGUUCGAUUCUGGGACAGUUCGCCGUCCACGUCGUUACUCUGAUCUACAUUGCCCGCUUCUGCGACAGACUUGAGCCCCGCUCUGGUGAUGUUGACCUCGAGGCUGAGUUCGCCCCCAGUCUGCUCAACAGCGCUGUGUAUCUGCUCCAGCUCAUCCAGCAGAUCAGCACCUUCGCCAUCAACUAUCAGGGACGUCCGUUCCGCGAGGGUCUUCGCGAGAACAAGGGCAUGUUCUACGGCAUCGUCGGUGUGUCGGCCCUGGCCUUCUCCUGCUCGAUGGAGUUCAUCCCCGAGAUCAACGAGCAGAUGAAGCUGGUGCCUUUCAGCGAUGAGUUCAAGACGACGAUGACAGGCAUCAUGGUCAUUGACUACGCCGCCUGCUGGGUGAUUGAGGUCGUCCUCAAGCACCUCUUCUCGGAUUAUCGCCCGCGCGACAUCGCGGCGCGCCGACCCGAGCAGCUGGAGCGCGAGCGGAUCCGCAAGGAGGCAGUGCAGAAGAAGAAGGAGGAGGAGGAGGACCAAAAGCGGCUGGAGAAGGUAGCCGAGUUCGAGCGCAAGGUUGAGGAGCGCCGUCAGCAGCUCGAGGCGUGGAGACAGGGCCGGAGGCAGUAA